UACGUCCAAUCUGUGGAGUCUCUGCUGCUGUGACCUGCUGCAGUUUAGUCAACGAAAUAGCUGUUUAAAAGUCGUGCCGGGGAUGAUAUGGAAUUAGUGUGAAAUUUCAGGCCUGCGUGUCCUCAAGGAGGCCGUGCCUAGUGUGACCUAGCAGAGGUCAUCAUGGAUUAGCUGUAAUUCAGUAGCUUUCUCCAGACAGUGUGACUGACAGCAAGAACUGGGACAAGGCACUUUGGUUCUACUAACGUUAGCUAGCAUCGCAACUUAGCUGAACGUUUUUGAAUCAGCCUUACUGCUGCGACAGUUGUUGUGUAGCGUAAGCGUUAGCCCUGAGCUGUCGUUGCCUGCUGCUUGCUAAUGUGUAGCUAUAGUUAUUGCCUCCCAGUGGUGGAAAAAGUAUUCAAAUCUUUUAACGAUUCCUGGAGUAGUUUGAGAUCCUUGAGAGACUCUCAAGGCAGGAUGGCUCCCAAAGAUAUUAUGACCAAUUCUCAUGCCAAAUCCAUCCUCAAUGCUAUGAACUCACUUCGCAAGAGCAACACACUCUGUGAUAUCACUCUGAGGGUGGAGAACACAGAUUUUCCAGCUCACCGGAUUGUCUUGGCUGCCUGCAGCGACUACUUUUGUGCCAUGUUCACCAGCGAGCUUGCAGAGAAAGGGAAAUCUUUUGUCGACAUUCAGGGGCUCACUGCAGCGACUAUGGAGAUCCUGUUGGACUUUGUCUACACAGAGACGGUGUUAGUCACGGUGGAGAACGUCCAAGAAUUGCUCCCUGCAGCGUGCUUGCUGCAGCUCAAAGGGGUGAAAAGAGCAUGUUGUGACUUUUUGGAGAGUCAGCUUGAUCCCUCCAACUGUCUGGGUAUUCGUGACUUUGCCGAAACUCACAAUUGCCUUGACCUGAUGCAGGCCGCUGAGCUCUUUUCCCAGAAGCAUUUCUCCGAGGUGGUUCAGCAUGAGGAGUUCAUGCUGCUCAGCCAGACAGAAGUUGAAAAGCUUAUAAAAUGUGAUGAAAUUCAGGUGGACUCAGAGGAGCCUGUAUUUGAAGCCGUGUUAAACUGGGUCAAACACAACCGAAAAGAGCGAGAGCCCUACCUGCCAGACAUGCUAGAGUUUGUACGAAUGCCGCUCUUGACCCCCCGCUACAUUACAGAUGUCAUUGACGCUGAGCCCCUCAUUCGGUGUAGUUUACCGUGCCGAGACCUUGUUGAUGAAGCCAAGAAAUUCCACUUAAGACCGGAGCUGAGGAGUGAGAUGCAGGGCCCACGCACACAAGCUAGAUUAGGUGCCAAAGAAGUCUUGUUGGUUAUCGGUGGGUUUGGUAGCCAACAGUCACCAAUAGACAUAGUUGAGAAAUAUGAUCCAAAAACACAAGAAUGGAGUUUCCUUCCUAACAUUGCACGGAAAAGGCGUUAUGUCGCCACAGUGUCCCUCCACGAUCGAGUUUAUGUGAUCGGAGGCUACGACGGUCGGUCAAGGCUCAGCUCUGUGGAGUGCCUGGACUACACAGCAGAUGAGGACGGCGUUUGGUAUACCGUAGCCACCAUGAAUGUGCGUCGUGGCCUCGCCGGUGCCACAACACUCGGAGACAUGAUCUAUGUUGCCGGAGGCUUCGAUGGCAGCCGACGUCAUACCAGCAUGGAGCGCUACGACCCAAAUAUUGACCAGUGGAGCAUGCUGGGAGAUAUGCAGACGGCUAGAGAAGGAGCCGGUCUGGUGGUCGCCAGUGGGCUCAUAUACUGUUUAGGCGGAUAUGACGGACUAAAUAUCCUGAAUUCAGUGGAGCGGUAUGACCCACACACAGGCCACUGGACAAGCGUUACACCCAUGGCCACCAAGCGGUCAGGGGCUGGUGUUGCUUUACUCAAUGACCACAUCUAUGUGGUGGGAGGCUUUGAUGGUGUUUCACAUCUGGACUCUGUUGAGGUCUACAACAUCAGAACAGACUACUGGACCACUGUAGCCAGUAUGACCACUCCUCGAUGUUACGUAGGAGCAACCGUCCUCCGAGGACGUCUGUACGCCAUUGCAGGAUAUGACGGAAACUCUCUUCUCAGCAGUAUUGAAUGUUACGACCCGGUUAUCGACUCAUGGGAGGUUGUCACCUCGAUGGCGACACAGCGGUGCGAUGCAGGCGUCUGCGUCCUACGAGAAAAGUGACCUUCGCCGAGAACGGGAACCACAAGUGGAAAAGCAGGCAGAAGGACAGGCAGCUAGACUUUGCUAAAACGCCACUAAAACAGAGCCACAAAGGGAGACGUUUGUUUCGCCAGUAUGCCGAUAGGUAGUUUGGGCUGCCUCCUCUACUGGAUGGUCAACCCUCUGACACUUAGACUGUGCAACAGAGAUUCAGCUUCGCCGUGGUCGACUUCACCUCAAAAGAGGCCUCCAAGGAGCCCAUCACAACUUGCAUGACUCUCUUCGGUGGUACUUGUUGCUGUCGUUACCUGUGAGAUUAUUUUUUCAGUUUGUCUUCAAAGUGCAAUAUAUUUCUACUCACCUGAAGAAAACAUAAAAAGCUGGAGUCGGUUUAGACUCCGGUUGCUGCUAUAUGCCUUAUGACUUAGGCGUACAUCAAACAGUGAACAUUCAUGUUGCCUCCCGUUUCUCUUUGAUCACCGUUACAGCACAUUGGCUUAUUAUCAAGUGUUCUCAUUUGGCAUUUGCAAUUAACAGGUCAGUAAUUCAACCCUUUUUGUAAUUUUUCAUGUGAACUGUGGUUUUAGAUCCAAAUCACUUUAUUACAGAAAGUUUAAUACUUAUCGUUGCUCUCAGAAUAUAUAUUUAGGGAUACAUUUUGUUUUAGAAAAUCACUGAAUUGUACCAGUUAAUUUGUUAUUUUGUCCCCCAUUUGGCACAGUUGAUAAAUCAAAAAGUGCAAAGUGCAUGUAAUUUGUUCUUCUUCCUCAGCUUAUAAACCUGGAUGUGUACAUGUUGGACACAAAGUCAUAACCAUCACUGUUGCCUGGGAAGUGAAUAAACACACUGAGAUCUGA